UGCUUCUAUACUAAAAUAUGAAAGACGAUGAAAUCGAAUUUUCGGACGAGGAGGAACCUACCCAAACCGGGGAGGUGCAUCUUGCCAGUCCGGAAAUCAUAGAGGCUCCACAAAAAGUUCCAAAGACCAAAGUAGUUAUAAACAGGAGAUCUCCAAUAAAUCCCCUAGAAAAAUUGGCUUACGUAGCAGGGUUUAAAAAUAAUGAAGACAAUAAUAUUGUCAAAGGAAGUGACCCUAUGCUAGAAAAGAAUCCCCUUUUAGGGAGGUUGCCAUUUAUGCUGAUGAUAAAUUUUGCCCUUGUGUUAAUAUUCAUCACACAAUUGGUAUUCAAUUAUAUUACAUUCAACGGAAGAUGCAUUUCCUCAGUACUGUAUCCGGCAAUACAGACCGGUAGAGAAGCUAUAAAACCCUAUAUAGUAGAAUUUGGUUACGGUGCAUGUGAAUAUAAUCUUAAAACAAGUACUGCAAAUAGAGUAUUCUUCGGAGAAAGUGCUUCUGAUGAAGGCUGGCCAAAAGAAUACUUACAAAAGUUAGUUACUGCAGCAAGUUCUGCUUCCUCAGAUGCUCCAAAUGAAAGAGUAUAUAAUCUAUUGGGAGGAUUGAGCACGAACGUGAUGCGGAAUUACGAAGAGUAUUACAGAGUGUUUUGGAGUAUGUUCCUCCAUAGUAGUUGGAAGCAUCUGUUCUUCAACGUCUUUUGUCAAAUACAGGCAUUGUGGAUCAUCGAGCCUGAUUGGGGUUUUAUGAGGACCAUGGGAUUGUUCUUGAUAAGUGGAAUUGGUGGGAAUUUAACAGGUGCUGUAUUAUCUCCAUGUGGACUCACGGUAGGAUCUUCAGGAGCUAUGUAUGGUCUCUAUGGAGCCAUGAUACCUUAUUGCAUUGAAUAUUGGAAUACGAUACCUCGUCCAGUGUUUCUUUUCUGUUACAACAUUAUCACCCUGAUCAUAGGAUUCUUGAUGGGUCUUGCACCAAACGUCGAUAACUAUUGCCACAUUGGUGGCUGUGUUUUCGGAAUGCUCUGGGGAUUUGCUACCAUUAAAAGUGUCUCCAGUUGUGAUAAAUGUACAAUUGUUGAACGUUCUCUACUAUGUCCACUCAUAUCGUGGGCAUUGCCACAAAAGUGGAAAGCAAAGCUACGGCUAAUCAUCGUGUUCAAAAAGGAUCGUGGAGAUCGUAAUAGACAAAAGGAUAUGGCCCAAAAACAUGCGGUCCAAAACGGUGUUACUCCGCGUCGCAUUGCCUUAAUAAAAAAGAAAUUCGAAAGGCAAGGUGCUCCUCCAUGUCGGAUGAGAUUGAGAGAAUGGAUUUUUAGGAUCACUAGUCUUUUAAUGAUGGUUCUGCUUUUUACUAUUUUAGGAUUAUUUCUAUCUAAACCCGAACUAUAUGCAAAGUUCAAGCCACCUGGUGAAUAUAAACUAAGCGGGUGGCAAACUUGCGAGUGUUGCUUCAUAACGAACAUUGAAAAACUAUUUAGCGGACAUAGAGAUAUACCUGCUCAAUACCUUAACCGAAAAUUAUUUUGGUGUUUUAACAACGUUGAUGAUGCAAAACAUUUCUGUGGAGAUGAUUACGCUAAAACGGCACCAAUGGAUAAUAUAUUGAAAUCCUCCCAUGAUGCGGCCUUAGGACUGAUAAAUACUGUAACUGAAGCUAUUAAGUAAUGUGAUUAACCACCACCGUAGAACAAUGACGUAUAAAGCGAUAAGUUAAUACAUAUGCAAUACGGUUAAAUCCGAAACUAAUUUAUAUUUGAUAAAUG